AUGGCGCAUCAGCUUGAUUUCAAGAAUAAAAAAUACGAACAGUGGGUGAAAGCUGGACUUGGAGUAGAAUAUCUAGGAGAAGGACUGUACCCAUUUUGCGACGAGGUUGUAACGCGACAGCAUAAUGAUAUCUUAGAUACCAUUAAACAGACAAAAAACCUAUCGACUGUGACAUGUGGUCAAUGCAAUCUGAACAAACUGAAACCAGACCAUGUACAAACAGGAAACAAGCAAUGUCCGUUAAGCCAAGCUAACUGUAAUUGCUUGCAUCCAUCUGGAAAACAACCUUGUCCAAACGAUGUAUGUGGUGCUAUCUAUGACCAUAUUGUGACCAAUUAUGGGUCUACACCACCAGCUCCUUAUUGGAGAAAUACUGAGGCAAAGUGGUGGUGUACUGAUCCAUGGAGUGUAGCUAAAUGUUUCAUCAAUUCCCCCGUACAUUACGAUAUAAUUGACUGUACAGGGUUUUUACGCUUGAUUAUAAAUAACCAGGGUUUUCACAAUCAUAUCCAGUGUACAAUUAAUGGAACUGAUGUCUUCUCAAAGGUAUUACAGUACAGUAACGAGAUUUUUCAUUCGAGUUCUAUGGAGUUAGAAGAAAACACUGCCAAUACUUACAUUGAUGCUAUGAUAGCUAUUCUACAAGAUGACAAGGAACUGAAAACACGAGAGUAUGCGCAAAACGCAGUACAGAAGCUUCUAGAGUUAAAGAAAGACGAUUUCAUAAUUCCAACAAAAGAUGAAUUACAUAUGGCCAAUGCGUCCAUGGCGUCAAUUUCUGGUACGACAGAGGAGUUCGAAAGCAAAUUACAGGUAAAUCUAGGAAACGAAAUGAAAGAGCUCAAGACAGAACAGCCUCGUCAACGUGAUUUAG